UUCUAUGAUACUUCGAGAUCUGGAACCACUUGUAGUGUAUAAAAUAACUGUGGCAGCCAUAUCGAACCAGGGACCUGGACCCAAAGGUGUCACAUUUGGAGAAACAUGCCGUUGCCAUAAGCAUCUAACGACAAACUGGAGAAAUUACCCUCCCUAUGUCAAUCUGAUGUCUUUAAGCAGUCCUGGCGUUAUCAUACCACGCCUUCUCGAAGAAGUAAUCAAUGAAUGCUGUGGGGAGUGCCAUGCACAUGGAAAAUCAGAACUGGACUUCAGCCGCAGUGGAAAUAAUGGGACUUCGGAGCAAAACAGGUCAGAGUAUCUUCUGGAAAAUAUUGAUAACCAGACGGAUUUUUCCUUUCCGGUUAACGGCUACAGGUUGCAGAACAGUUACAGGGGAGGAUUGGGGUAUUCACCGUUUGUUGAGUCUGCUGGGGUGGCGUUUCUGACUUACCAGUAUUCCUCUGAUGUGAAGCACGCCAUGUUUGUAGCGCUCAUGGCGUGCUGGCCUGUUGUGGUGCUAUCUUUGGUGAUGGCUUACAUUGCGGGGCUGAUAAUGUGGUUACUGGAUACAAAAUCUAACAAUCAACAUUUCCCUACCUCUUUUAUCCACGGAACCUGGGAAGGAGUGUGGUGGGCGUUCGUAUCCAUGACAACCGUUGGCUAUGGUGACCGUUCCCCAAUCAGCCAUUUGGGUCGCAUUUUUGCUGUGGGUUGGCUGUUGACAGGUCUCGUCAUAAUCGCAAUAACCAUGGCGGCUUUAACAACAGCGCUGACGGAAAUAACUGUACAUAGCAAAACCACAAUAUAUGGAUCCAAGGUUGGAGCAAUUCAAGGUUCUCCUGAAUACUAUCUUGGAAUCAGACGAAAUGCGAUUUUAAACAAAGAGAAAAACUAUAACUCGUUAGAAGAACUCUCCGACGCUCUCGUCAACAGAGAAGUCGAAGGUAUCCUAGUAGAUACAUACGCUGGUGGAAUGCGCCAAGAUCUCUUUUCUAAGCCUUCAAUUCGAGUGACCCAAAUCGUUGAUUACCAAACCGCGUAUGGGGUAGUCAUAAGUGGAGAUUCGAUGCGCCUUAGAAAGUGUUUCCAUGGUUACAUGCGCUCGCAUCAAGCAGAGAUCUUUCAAUAUGUUGACCAACUUGUCGAACCUAUAAAGGGAUCAGGACUGAGCAACAGGGAAGAUAUUGAAGAUAUCUCGACCGGUUUGUUUGACAAAGAAAGUGACCUUUAUCAAAGCACACUUAUCAUUAUAGCUGCUUGUGCAUUAACAGCUGCCGCCCUGGGGCUGCUCUUUGAAGCAAGCCGGAGACUACGAGAGCAGGAAAGAGUUCAAGCCUGCAGUUUGUCGACGGUGAAGGAAAAAAAUGUUGGUGAAAUGAAGUUACUUACGGAAAAAUUCGUUCAACAUAUGGUAAAAACUCUAACUGAGAUGAAAGCAAGACACAUGAGAGAGUUACUGACCUUUGCAAAACUUACGCCACAGAGGAAGACCACUAAGUUGAAUCGUAAAAUGACAAGUUCUGCUACGCUGAGUACCAAAGACGUCGAUGAUAUCUCGACGCCUUAAAGGACAUGAUGGCUAAUAUCUCAGAUGUUCCCUUGAGUCUCGAGAAUGACUCGUACGGAGAGUAUUCGGAGUUCUUUUUCUCCGAUUAUUUCUCUCUCAUUAACUGAAUAACACCUUCCUUUAGCUUUCAUAAAAUCAAAUUAAUUAGCUCUAACAGUAGUCUUGAACGUGAUAUUCAGUACAACGUAAAGGGACAGAACAACAAAACCUAGUUUGAAAACUGAUGUUUCAGCAUACAUCGAAGAUGCUCUUGAAAGAAUGUAUCGUUACAUCGAAUUCAGUUAUGACGUAUUUAGUAAUAGAUAUUUCAGGAAAAUCGUUAUCCUCGUUCCUGUUUCUUAGGU